CUGACGUGAAGGUGCGAGCAUGAAGAGGCUAGGACUCAAGGGCGAGGCCACAUACUGGCAAAGCGGCAUCAGCGCAUGCGCAGUCUGCGACCCGAUAUCCAUCAUGUGGGACACCGUCGCAACUGAAUGCCAGGGUGACGGCGACCUCCUCAACAACCUCCGCAUCAAAACGCAAUGCAGGAUAAGAGUUGAGCAUCGCUCAUUGGUUCUUGCUUUUGCAAUCAUCGAGCACUGCAUUCAAACACGAUGCUUCCUGUCGCCUAUGGAUUCAGACUUCUGUGCACAAUUCAUCAAAGUUAUGCACACACAAGGGACUCCAGGGUUCCCUACUCUCGUGGUGUAUGACAAGCUCACUGGACCAUCUGCCACCAUUCGCAAAAUUGCUUCAAAUCCUGGCUUUGCUUUUGCACACGAAGCACCCAUCUACGUUGCGGAUCUCAACUUGGUCUUUUUUGCAAGCAAUGGCGGUGGCGCACUUGGGUACAGCGGCUGGUUUAACAAUAGCGUUGUUAGCAUGAUCAAUAUGACAGAAGUCGACAUUGCGCUUGCUUCUACGACUGGAGAUGUCAAUAUCCAGGUUCACACACUCAACCUCUCUGAUACUGUCCAAAUGGUCAACGUAGGAACAGGCCCAUACAAGGGUAACCUUCUGUUCGUCACCUCGGGUCGCGCUUUGCUUCCUCCUUCUAUCGUGCGUGUUAACCCCAAACCUCCCUACAACACCACCGUUCUUCUGGACAACUUCUUUGGCAGACAGUUCAACUCGCUCAAUAAUAUGAAAAUUCUUCCCGGCACGGACUUAACGGUCAGGGUUGUCGCUGACCAGUUUGUGCACCCGAAUGGUAUUGCAUUCUCCCCCGAUAAAAAGGCAUUCAUCACCAACACGGGUCUUUUCGGAGGCUUCCUCGGGAAUAAUCAGACCCUUCCGUCCACGAUGCGAGUUUUCCCACCCAACUUGAUGUCGUUCACGAACCGUAGAGUGUUCGCCUACAUCGACUCUGGUGGACCCGAUGGCAUUCAGCUUGAUACCAAGGGCAAUGUUUAUUCCGGUUGCGGUGACGGGAUUAAUGUCUGGAAUGACGAAGGCGCGCUCACUGGGAAAUUCUUCAUAAACAGCACCUCGGCCGAGCUGAUCUUCACAAAGUCUGGUCUCAUUAUUUUGGCGUUGUCUUUUCCUGCAGCGAAUACGAAGCCAAGAACUAUGAAGUCGUUAGGGCAUUUUUUACUAGGGAUAUUGACGGAUCUCUGGAAGUGGGCUCAAGAUGAGCAACUCUUUCUGGAGAAUCACACGAAAGUUGGCGGAAAGACCAUUCUGCUUCCGGGUUUCCAGCAUAAAUGGUCAAGUAAAGACCAUGGAAGUAUUGUCGCAGAUGACCCUCUGUCAUGGACCGGGUUCAAGCAGAUUCUCCGUAAAUGGCAUCAAACUUUAGUUGGGACGGGCAUUGGCACGGGUAAACCCGCGGGUAUCCAGACCUCGACCCGCACCCGUACCCGCAAUGUACCCAUACCCGUGUACCCAAGGGUACCAGGGGGUACGGGUCUUCGCGUGGGUCGGAGCGGGUACAGCGGGUAUGGUACCCGUGAGGGGUAA